AUGUCUUCUGACCCGUUGUUGGCCCAAAACGAACCAACAGGGUCGUCGAUCUUCUCCCAAUGGAGCUGCUUGAGCUUCUUCUUUGGUCGUGGAAGCAGGUCAAACGGACCGGGGGCCAUAAACGGCGAAGGCUGUGGAGUCGGGUCGGCCUUGGAGGCUCCCGUAGGAAGAGGAGGCGGCGGAGGAGGAGGGAUACCACCGCCAAGAGCAGGUGGUGGAGGAGGUGGCGGUGGAAUUGAUCCGCUGGAACCAAAUAGUCCAGGAGGCGGAGGAGGUGGUGGUGGUGGUGGUGGAGCCCCUUCAGAAGACGCAGAGUUCGGAAGCGGUGGUGCGGGAGGAGGAGGCGGUGGUGCAGGAAUAGCAGUCUCCACAACAGGAGGAGCAGACUUCGAAACUUUGGAAGGACUGUCCUUCUUUUCGUCGGUCUCAUCUGGCUCGUCUCCAACUGCUGGCUUCUUCAACACAGUCUUUUCCAAUUCACCAAGGAACGGUCUCAUCCCGGCAGUGUCGAUCUUGCCAACCGGAGCGGCCAUCACAGGCGGAGCAGAGUUGGCAAACGUCGCCUUUGGGACCUCCUUCUUUCCUCUGGAGUACUGGUUUUCAAACUUCUCGAGAAGAGCAUCUCUGUCGAUUGGCUCGUUGUCAAGACUGAAUUGGAACUUGAGGUUGCUGCACAUGGUUUCCAGCUCUGCCAGUUCUUUCUUCAACUUCUCAGCACGCUCGUUCUUAGAAAGACCUUGCUUUGGAUCCAAAGUGCGGUGGCCAGUAUCAGCCGAAGCCUCAAUCUCUUCCAACUCCUUGAUUUUCAGAUCCUGCAUGGUCUUUUCCAAAGUGUUGAGUCUGUUUAAAGCCUCAAGCUUCCGUUUCUCGAGCUUUUCGUUAGAACUCAUAGUAGUCUGCACCUUGAUUACCUUGUUUGCAUCCUUUUGCAAGAACUCCAACCUGGCUCUCAAAUCGUUCAGAUUUUUCACAUCGUCCGCCUUCGGAUCAACAGCCGGCUCGUUCAGUAUAUCGUCGAACUCGGUUGUUUCCAGGUUUCUGGCUUCCUGCUCCAACAAAUCCAUCUUGAAACGCAGGUCUCUUAGACGCGAGCUUGGCUCCACGCCAGAUGUGCCGAUCCGCUUCGACUCCACCUUAUUUUUGUCAACUUGA